UUAAUAGAAUGGUUAAUUUCUAAUUUAAAAUUUUAUUCUCAUGAUUAAACUGAAAUGAACUACACUAGAGUCCCGUUAUAGCGAGGUGUCACGGUUCCGGGUUUGAUCCUCGCUAUAACCGAAUUGGACAAAUUUUGGCCCGCAAAAAUAAAAAAUUAACCGAAAAUAGCAUAAAAAUUGUGUUUAAACCUGUAUAAUUGGAAAAUAACACGUUAUUUUAACAAAAUCUUAAUUUCUGUGAGCAGAUGUGUGAUUUCUCUUUAAAACGAUACCCCAUAAGUACGGAUGCGUCAAAAUAACCAGAAUACUACCACAGGGUUCGUACGGUCCUUAGAAGUCCUUAAAAAGUCCUUAUUUUUGAAUACUGUUUUUAAGGGCCCUUAAAAGUGCUUACUUUUUUACGUUUGUCGUGUUGACUUUAGAAGUUACUUUUUCCUUUGUUACGCAUUGGAUGUUACGUAACGGUAGUACGACUAUGUUUUUAUGGUACAAAUAUUGGGCCGAAUAGCUUAGUAAAUGUCGUACGAUGUACCAGAAUACUUUUGUUAGUGCACAAAAUAUACCGGAAUUAUCGGUUUACCGGCUUAUAGUGCUCAUAACUACUGAACAGAGCGCGCUGUAGUAGCUGUGUUAGUGUUUUGGCGCGUAAAUGCAGAAGUUUCGUUGUUUUGACUUGGUGUGAUUGUUUUUUCUUGUGAGAAAGGAUAUCUGCUAGUGAAUUUAUCUUGACCGUGAUGCCGGGGAAGUGUGUCUUUAACAUACUUUGGCUCGAAAAAGAGCAGUACAAAAAGUGGCUUUCCCGUGACCCAGACAAGCACAAGGCAAGAUGCCGAUUGUGCUGUGAAGUUUUCGAUAUAGGGAAUAUGGGCGAAUCGGCUUUGAAAGCACACAUGGCAGGGUCGAAGCACUCUUCAUUAGUUGAAGAGAAAACCAAGACCGUUGCGAUAAAAGAGUUUUUCAGUCCCAUGAACUUACCUAAUCAAACUUCUUCAACCUCAAAUGCUGCAGGUGUAUGCAAGCCAGCUACAGAAGCAAGUGGUAGUUUGAAUUUGUUUACCACUGGGAAAGACGUUCUGGAUGCAGAAAUUUUGUGGACUUUAAAGUGUAUUUGUAAUAACUAUUCGUACAAGUCUUGUGAGGAUUCAUCUCAACUUUUUGCUAGAAUGUUUCCAGACGGUUUAGUCGCACGACAGUUCUCUUGCGGUGAAAAGAAAGUGGCAUAUUUGUGUCAUUUUGGUUUGGCUCCCCAUUUCCAGACACUUUUAUUCAAAUCUUUUCAGGACACUAGUCACUAUGUCUUGCUGUUUGACGAAACACUGAAUAAAAGCACCCAGCAAAAACAAAUGGACAUCCAUAUUAGAUUCUGGCAUACUGACAAUUCAGUGAGAACACGUUAUGUUACUUCAGCUUUCAUUGGUCAUGCCACAGCUGAUGAUUUACUGAAGGCAUUUUACAAAUGUACAGAGAAGCUUGAUUUAUCAAAAUUGAUUCAGGUAUCAAUGGAUGGACCAUCAGUUAAUUGGAAGUUUUUCAAACUGUUGCAGGAAAACAUGAGAAAAGAGUUUAAUUUUGAGUGCAUUGAUGUUGGUUCUUGUGGGCUUCACACUUUGAAUAAUUCAUUCAAAAAGGGUGAAUCUGCAACAGAGUGGGGUAUUUCAUCUGUUCUGACAUCUCUUUACUCUUUGUUCAAAGAUGCCCCAGCACGAAGGGAUGACUUUGAAAUAGACACCUGCGAGUACUCGAAAUUCGAGUUUCGAGUCGAGUUUUUUAGUAAUACUCGAACUCGAGCUCGUGGCUUUUCAACAACUCGAAAUUCGAGCGAGCUUUUCUUGCACUCUACCUAUAGAAAAAAAAACUCUCAUUAUAUCGGAAUAAAAGUCUUACAACACUAUUAUCCUUUACUUUAUAAUGUAACAUGAUCGACCGUAUACAUGAACACAUCAUUUUUACGUACCCGGGAUUUACGAAUUUCCGUGAUUAAUUUUUUUACUUCUAUAAUUUUCCGCAUAGCAUUAAUGUAUCACUUUCCUGCUUUAUGCGGAAGUAUUUCCCGCUUUAUGCGGAAACAUUUCCCGCAUUUUACUGUAAAAAGCGUUUAAAUUGUCCGGGGUCUCAUCAUUUACGCCAUUAAAUGUGUGAUAUAAAGUCCCGUUUAAAAUUUUUAUGAAAGUUCCUGCCAGUAAUGGCGCACGUAAAUAUAAAUAUGAAGAAAAGACAAAUGAACAACAACUUACGAAGAAAUAUGGAUGAUGUACCAUAACUACAGUACAAUUCCAAUAGUUAUCUUAAGAUAAUUACCAUAAAAAGAACUAAAGAUUCUUUGUAGAUACCAUAACUACUGCAGAAGCAUGAUAGUUACCACAUUUGCACUAUAGUUGCCGUAAUAACCGAGAUGUGUAUUUACCGUGAUGGUAAUGUAUUUAUUUAGGACAUAUUAAAAUUAAAGAACAUUAUUGAAAAAAAAAGGAUGUUAAAUCUUGAUAUGUACGGUUGGCACAUGUUGCUAAGAAAUAAUGUGAUCUGAAAGAAUGCAGUACUACUACGAAAAGUGAAAAGGGUACUCGUGGAUUUUUAGGUUAUGGCAGUCUCUCUUUCGUUUUUCAGUAAUAUCGGCCGAAAAUUAACAAGAGUAUUGGAAGUUGGCAGAAAUGCCGAUUCAACUAAAUAUUGGCAAAAUCGGCUUCUUCAGUACAGCUCUACAUUUGAUGACAUGAGUAAACAUAUUUCAGACUACAGGACAUUGAAAAAGACUUUAAUUUCCAUGUAGGUUUAUUGUGCGUAAGUUUUUUUUGCAAGUGUAAAUUGAAUUAAGUAAAAUGCUUCUAUUUUUAUUACUUUAAAUUGAUUAAACUUAAUGACAAGUUACAGAUAUUUGACACUAAUUUUGAGGUUAAACAAUUUGGUAAAUAUGUAGAGUAACGGUAUAUGCGAAAAAAAAUGCUAAAAAUCUAUGCUCUUUCACUUCCUCUUUUCAAAUCAACCGGCGGAGAUAAGAAAUUCCAAAUACUUUAGGAGAUAUAGAAUUUUUUAAUUUUGCAAUACAACACCUGUACAACCAUUAGACCGACGCCAUUUUUGUUAUUUUGCCGUAUGUUCGUGAAUGCUUAAUAAAUAAAAUGGUCGAUUAGGUCAGGUCAGUUACAUUAUUAAUACUUUCAAACUAAGCGGACAUAAAAAAUAAUGUGAAUUAAUUUCAAUGGUUCUUUAGUUUUAAAGUAUUUAUAAUGUAACUGACCUGACCUAACAAACCCGGACAAAUGAUGAACAUUAACAACUCACGUAAAAUAUUUUUGUUACUUAUUACUUGCGCAACAAUAUCCAAAUAAAAAAUAAGACUUUAAAAUUAGAAACGUUAAAAACCCACCUAAGUUGGAGGCGGGUACAUUUCCUUUGCCAUUAGAAGGAAAUGAUGUAGUCGUUCACCUACGUCGCGAUACCUCCGACGGAACAUUAAUAAAUAAAUAAAUAAUCACGUAUUGGUUCAUUUGAAUACUGGCCAAUCACGGAACUGUCACGUGACAAAAUUGUCCAAUAAGAAACAUAAUAGAUACUCGUAAACCAGAAACAAUGGUGAUCGCCACAUGAAUACCCAGGUAUUGUGAUGAAAAUUAAAAAAUUCGAUAUUCCUAAAGUAUUUGGAAUUUCUUAUCUCCGCCGGUUGAUUUGAAAAGAGGAAGUGAAAGAGCAUAGAAUAAAAGUAUUUUCGGAAUUUUAGCAUUUUUUUUUCCGCAUAUACCGCGACUCUACAUAUUUACCAACAAUUUUACUAAAGCAUUCCAGCCACACAGGUUGCCAGCGAGAAAUGCUUCUCAUCUGCUGUAAACACCAUCUCCAAUCGUAGAGCUAAUUUAACUCCUGAACGUGCAGAACAAAUUAUUUUUCUGCAUGAUAGAUUGAAGAACAGAAUUUAAUACUCUGUGACAAUCUCUCUCAGAAUUUUUGUGCCGAAAAGUGGAAAUGUUGAAACAAUGUGAAUGUACUUUUCAAACAACAUGAUUUUUGGUGCCCAGUUAGUUGAAGCUCAGUAAGGACUCCAGAAAAAUUGACAAAGAUGAAAUUAUUCCAAAGAUAUGUUACAUUUACACAAACAUAUACGUACUUGUAAACUGUGGUUAUGUUAGUUGGAUGAUAUCAGUUGCUAAUGAACCAAUGGAAACAGGUUAGAUUCAAUGGAAAACAUGUUUUUUUUCCUAGCAGUGCAAAUUAUAAAAGCACUCUGUAAAUAGUUACCCAAAAUUAAUAAGCCCACUUCAUUUUAAUACUUUAUUCAAACAUUAUACCUACUAAGUUUAAGGUAAAAAUAAUUUCCCAAAAGUGUAACUGUAUCACAAAAGCUCAAGCUUCGAGAACUUUCAAGUAAGCUCGCUCGAGCUUGGCUCAAAGUAAAAUUGAAAAAUUCUUAGGCUUGCAGACCUCUAAUGUAGGUCUAUCUAUUUAGUAGGCUAACAAUGAUAAUGGUUUCUUUUUUUAUUUCCAUAUUUUUCUCAAAAGUUCUCACAUUUUAUUACUCCAUCACAGUAAAUUUAUGUGCAAUAAACUUUAAAAAAAAACUCGAACUCGACUCGAUACUCGC